AGAGAGAGGGAGAGAGAGUGGGGGGUGCUGUCGUCUUCACUGAUCUACAAAGAGACCUCGAUAGUAUUUUUUGCUCAGAGGUCUUCCACAGUCAUGUUGAGAACCAGGGAACCGGGAUCUUUGGCCGUGCUGGCCUCCACCCUUCUUUUGGGAUUCAGCGUUGCGUUUUCCCUCGGACAGAAUGACACAGAACCGGUAGUUUUGGAAGGAAAAUGUUUAGUUGUGUGUGAUUCAAACCCGUCAGCCGAAGGUGGUGUGACCUCGUCGUUUGGGAUAUCUGUCCGAGCUGCUGGUGCUAAAGUGGCUUUUUCUGCGGUCAGAGGAACUAACCAUGAACCAUCAGAAAUGAGUAACAAGUCCAUGACAAUCUACUUUGAUCAGGUACUAGUGAACAUCGGAAAUCAUUUCGAUCUUAAGGCGAGUGUAUUUCAAGCUCCUCGGCGAGGCAUUUACAGCUUCAGCUUUCACGUUGUGAAGGUCUACAACCGACAGACAAUUCAGGUCAAUCUGAUGCAUAAUGAGUACCCAAUAAUAUCUGCAUUUGCCGGUGAUCAAGAUGUGACCCGAGAGGCAGCAAGUAACGGCGUUCUGCUUCACCUGGAGCGUGAAGACAGACUCUAUCUUAAACUGGAGAGAGGGAACCUCAUGGGCGGAUGGAAGUACUCCACAUUCUCUGGCUUUCUUGUUUUCCCUCUCUAAUUGAAUAUUACCCAUUUUAAAAGGCCCAGACUGAAGACAAAGGGACAUUUCCAUAUCUGCUUUAUAAAGGUAGCAGAGAGAACAUGGAAUGCAUUAGCUUAUUUUAUUUAUUAUUAGGAUCUGAAUAAAUGUAACAAGUUUGUAUGUAUGUAUGUAUGUGCGUGUAUGUGUGUGUGUAUGAAUUUAAGUAUUUUUGAGAUUCAAAAGAAAGUAGGACAGUGACUAUUUGGACUAACUGAUGUCUGCAUAUUGCUUUGGGAAAGAGUGUUUUGUUAUUGUCAAUGAUAUUUUUGCAUUCAGGAGCAUAUUUUGCACGAUAUAUGUUUUAUGUGCUUGUCAUUUUAUUGAUUUGUAUAGCCCUUAUAAAUUUGAUGUUCAGUAUGAGCGUAGUAAGUACAAAAAACAGCCCUUUCUCUUUAAUCGUUGUUGUUUGGCUUAAUGCAUAGACAAGCAAUGAUGUCUUGCAUUUUUAUAUUACUUGAAUGUAAAUAUACUAUGUCAUAAACACAAGGAAUGUAUUUAAAAACUCUUAUAGGACUCAAACGUUGUAUUUUUCAAGAAGGGUAUACAGUCAUUGAAAGGAAUAGUACAACCCAUAGUUUUGUCCCAAACCUGUAUGAAUUUCUUUCUGCCAUUAAACACAAAAUAAUAUAUUUUGAAGAAUGUUGGUAACCUAGCAGUUGCUGGUAGCCACUGACUUUCUAUAGUAUGAGAAAAAAAAUUAUUUGGAUGAACUAUCCCAAAAUAAAGUGAAAGAAAGAGAAGUACUCAACGCUGUCCGUGGUGCUGAACAACAGCUGUCCAGCAAAAACUGGAAUCUUGUUCAGUACACAUACGAAUGAUUAUUAAACGCUUACAUCAAAACAAGCAGUGCAACAUUUAUCAGUCACAUUUAUUUUUUGAUAUAUACGUCAACUACAAUUGAGUACAGCAUAGACGUUCAGUUCCCACUAGUUAGACUACAUCUACAGAUUCACACAGGGGUUUUAUCAUCUUAAAAGUUGUAUUUGAGAGUAAUUCUGUAAGAAGAGUGUAAAAUAUAAUAUUCAAAUAGAUCUAAGUCUCUCAGUGGGGGCAGUUUUAGGAAGGAUGAAAUUAACACCCGCCUACAGAGUUCAAUAUGUGCAAAAACUGGAAAGAUAUAGACACCAUGCAGAUUUGUUGUCUUUCCAUUUAGGUCAGGGCAGUGGCAUAGCAUGUGUUUUAAGAUGCUGUCUUACACAACAAUGAACGUUUAAGAUUUAUAGCUUUAUAUAUUUUUCAAAGCAUAGCUGGGAAACGGGAUGGAAACUAGGUAAUUUAUUACCAUGGGCACAAUUAAAAACUGUGAAGACAGCAUUAUUUGGAGCUGAAAUGCAAAUGUGAUGAGGUAUGAGAAUGACGUGGGUGUUAAGUGUUAAACAGUGAAAUAUUCCUUCCAAGAGUAGAGCUUAAAAAGACGCUAGCACAUAUUUUCACUCGUCAAGAUCGUGUCACAUUAUAUGAUGUUAUUUCAGGGGUAACCAGUCGUUAUGUUAGAUAAUAUUUUACAGUUUUAUUUGAUUUUUGACAUCAUGUUCAGAGCUUGAACUUGUAAAAAUGUAUUUUUUCAAAAAAAUACCUUGUCUUGCCACUGCAUCUUGUCCCUGUCAUUUGAUUUGGCUUGGUAGUAAACAUCGCCCAAAGGCUAAAAGCUGUCUGAUGCCUGUAUCUGACCUUUCUUUUUCAUAAAGAUGAUUAAAAAUGAAAACAUGACUCAACAGCACAUGUCGCUGCUAGGCCACGAAACAUGACUUUGGUUUUAGGGAACAAAACGCAGAAAACUUUUUUAUGCAUAAUUCUUUCAUUUGUCCUUUAAGAACAUAAAUCUUGUUGCUAAAGUAUAUCAAACUCUUACUUUUAAUAUAAAUAUAAAGGCAAGUGUUAAACACAUUCUUUCAUCAUUAGCGAUAUUUAUCCUGCUCAUGUGUAUAAACAUGUCAUACUAUGAGGUCUCACCCCCAACACUCAUGAUUUAAUUAUUGUAAUUACUGUGCUGAAGAUGAAGUGUUAUGAUAGCUAAGACUUUGUUCGUGCUUUAUUCUUGGCUUGUACUAUUGGGUGCUGGUGAAU